AUGGGCGGGCCAUCGGGCGAGGCUCGAUUCUCGUUCUGUCCCAACCUCACUGGCAGGGUCAAAAUCAGUACGUGUGGAUCUGAUUUUGAUACGUGGCUGCAUGUGAAGUCCCCAAUUGUGGAUGUGAAUUGCGACGACUGUGGUGACUGUGCCCCUCAAACAGAGCUGUCAGUCGACGUCCUCGCGGACGAAUGCUAUGACAUUUUUGUUGAAGGGUUUCAGGAGUCUGAAGGUGACUUCGUCUUGUCGCUUACUUGCUCGACGACUACUACAACUACGGCAACUACUGCUCUUGUUCCGUGCGGGAGCCCAGUGAGCGGUUCCACUGUUGGCUUGCCGGACACUCUAGGAUUCGGCGGAGGCGAAGCGCAUUGGAGCUUCUGUCCAAACAGCACUGGCAGGGUCAAGAUCAGCACGUGCCUGUCGAGUGGGAUGAUGCCCACUCUCUUCUACUUGAAAGGCCAUGACAUUGAUGUGGAUUGCGCAUGGGAUUGCCACGCGUCGUGCGGCCAUAGAGAGGCUUGGGUGGACGUCCGAGCUGGCGAAUGCUACGACAUCAUUGUUGAGGGAUGGGGUUUUGAGCAAGGCGACUACACAUUGUCGAUCUCCUGCCCCAUCGCAAUCAACACGACAGCGGUUGUGUGCGGGAGUACCGUGAAUGGGUCGUCCGUGGGUUUACCAAAUUUCAAUGGCGGAUCACAGGGUGACGCCAGAUUUGUGUUCUGCGCCGACCACACCGGGCGAGUCCAGGUCAGCACUUGCGGGUCAGACUUGGAUACCACACUGCACGUGCAAGGUCCAGGCGUUGGAGGGGUUUGCGACUGUGGUGACUGCUACUGGCUGACUGCUCAACCUGGCGACUGCUAUGACAUCUUCGUGGAAGGUGAGCGGUUAGAUGGGGACUAUGUGUUGUCAGUCACUUGCCCCGCUGCAUCGAACACGACAAUGCUUUCAUGUGGGAGCACGGUGUAUGGUUCGACUGUGGGCCUGCCAAACACCAUUGGGCAUGAAGGUGGAGAUGUGCAGUACUGGUUUUGUCCUUCCACGGCUGGCACAGUCCACAUUAGCACCUGCGAGUCGAACUUCCAUACUUGGCUGCACGUCCAAGGUCCCGCUGUGAGCUAUUCCUGUGGCGAAUGCGGCCACUGUCGUUUGUCGGAUUUCGGGGACUCUGAGGUCACCAUCAGCUUCCUUCCGGACAAAUGCUAUUCGAUUCAUGUGGACGGCUCUGAUCGUUGGUACCCCAACGAGGGAGACCUCUCUCUCACCUUGACUUGCACAGCCCCAAGCGCAUCCACGAAUAUCACAAAUAUCACAUGUCCGGUGUACAUCGCGGGGGCCAACCCGAUACCUGAGCUCCUCGCCUUUGCUGAGCCCAUGGUAGUUUUGCCUUCCGUGGAGUCAGUGUUGGACUCACUUGCCGAGGGCUUGACAAGCGCCUCGGGAGCAGAGCUCCUGGUCCCGAUGGAUCAUCCCUCGAUUCUGAGCUUCGCUUACUUGGAUGCUCUGGCCCGUUUAAUCUUGGAUGGGCUACACCUCCUCCUUUUCGGCAGACGAGCCAUCGAUUUCCUCAACGAGCUCCGGUGGGAGUUGGGUUUCUAUGGCGAUGGCUUCCCGUUUCUCCAAGAGAGGAGCUGCUACUCCGGGUCCGGGGAUUACGAGGAGAGGCGUUUGUCGGGUGAUGGAUUUGGAGGCGGUCCCAAGGUUUUGCCAGUGAGUCAUUAUGCGCGUUGCGUAGAGCUUCAGAGUCUGCCAGAGACGGUCGAUGGACUUUACGACAACAUUGAGAAUGCAGUGGCUUGGACGUCUCGUCAUGGGAAGGGACGCAUCACGUUUCUCGGAGUCCCCUACAACGAUCGGUUCCUUCCGAUGCCCUCGGAAUGGCGGCAUCUUCUCGUCAGCUCGUUCAGCGCAACUUGUGGGCGCGAGGAAGACAAUGUGACUACUAUCACUACGACUACGACCUCCUACACCGUGACUGGGAUGCCCCGACCGCGAUCAGGAGUGAACGUUUCUUGUGGAAGCAUUGUUCAUGGAAGCAUGCCGGAUUUUGAAGUCAGCCACAUCUUCUGCACCCCGCCACAUCCGUCACAGAUCGGCGAUGUAUUGAUCAGCACCUGCGGGUCUUCAUUUGACACCACGUUGGCUGUGCGCGAGGGUUUGGAAGAGAAGUGGUCAUGCACCUACUGUGGCAACUGUGGGGCAAAUGCCGAGCUUAAGAUGGAUUGGUUUGCAGCCGACACCUGCUACAAUAUUGAGGUCGGCGGCCGCAGACACGCCACGGGCAAUUACUCCCUGUGGGUUUCUUGCUGCGACGAGGGUUUGUGCAACCACCGUGGCACAGUGACCCACAAGGCCUGGGGCCCUCCUAUCACGGAUUCGGCCGAGCUGUGCGGGAUGGCACCUGCCAGCGUUGUUGGGAGGAUCCCUUUCGCCAUUCAGAUGCUUUCGUGGUCGGAAUCGACCUUGGCCGCGCUGUCCCUGCUUGAGCUGCUGGUCGGUGCAUUCAAUGGCAGCCAGGUUCUGAUUGCCGACCUUUGGGGGAACAGCUUCAAUAGCACCUUGAGCUCCGAGUCCCUUUUAGAGGUCCAGGCUUUCUUCAAUGCUCAGUUGCAGUUGACACAGAACAAUGGUUUCUCCUGCUCCUUCCCGGACCCGACCGUUUUCGGGAAGCAGGUCCCUGAACUUCUGAUCCUGGUUGGGGCCCUCUGUGCUGGUUCAGACAACAUGCUGCUGCCCUUCGUGCGCGAGGGUGGGCAGGUGCUCUACCUGAGCCAGUACCAAAGAGGAGCUCUUCCCGGGUUCAUCUCUUACAUUGAUCUGGGCAGCCAGGUGUCAGGCUUUGCCCAGCCCACUUGCAACUUUGUGAAAUCCUGGCUGAAACGAAGGAGGGGCGAUGCCGACUGCAUUCACGACAUUCACGACGGCGAGAUCAGUCUCGAGCCGCUGGAAAUCAGGGCCUUUCAACGAAGCAUGCUCAAGUUUCAGAAUCUGUGCCCCAUCCGGGCCUGUUGCAUCGGCCAGCAAUGCAGCGACCUCACCGAUGCUGACGAAGACGCCGCCAUGUGCUGGACCCCACUCCUGGAGAUGGGCGUCUACAACGUGACGGUGACCUUCUGGGAUGUGAAAGAUGGGAACCUCGGCACGCUGCGCCUCAAUGUGAGCCUCAAUGUGGCUGCUCCCAAAUCAGCCCUCCAAGCCGACCGACCUGAACGUUUUGAGUCCAAUCCGUCGACUCUUGUGCAGGCGGUCUUGCCAGAGCUCCUUCCGUGGUACGCUUCAAGAGACGGGGCCUACAAUGCGGGCUCUUUCUCCUCUCUCUACGAUCACAGCAUGUCCCGCUGCUGCGACCACGUCGCCGUGGCAACAGAUCUUGCCAUCAUGGGCCGGCUGGACAGAGACUACGCGCCCACAUGCAGCCAAAACUUUGAUCGCUCUCAACAUGAAGCGCCCGCACCGAUUGAGCACGAAAGACCAUUUCCCACGACUCUGCGAUUCGUGGCUUUGCGCUGCUAUGUCAAAAGCACGCAAGUCGAGGCAGAUGGGCCAGAUGGCGCAAGCUGCACUUUGCCAAGUUUGCCAAGCCUCGAGCCACCACCACUCGCACUCGCAGAGGAGGAACACACGUGGAUCUGGCAGCAGAAGGUUGAUUCCUACGUCCGCGCUGCCGAGCAGCACGUGGAGCAGCAUGUCAACAAUGCGGACCCAGUGGCCUCAGGGCCUGAGCGUGCCCAGUGGAUCGUACGCCAAGCCCUGAAAGCCACGGGUCUCCAGAGCCGAUUCCAGUAUCGCACCCCCAAAGGCUGCGAUGAGGACGAGGUCCCAGAUCGCUGGGGGCAGUGCCACUGGGCUUGGGGCCCCCGGGCUUCGGAGGCUGGGCCGCAUUUGCUCAGCGCGGGCUUCCGGGAGCUAAGCGGAAAUGACUGGAACGGGAACCUCCGGAACCUCUCCGUGGCCCGGAAGGGGGACAUCCUGGUGCUGCCCGCCUUCAAUCUCACCUACGAGUCCGAUGCCGUCUUGGACUACUCCUGCGAUCUCGGCUUCGUUGCCAUCAAACGCUCGGACAGCUCGGAUUCCUGGGUGUCGGACCAAUUUCUAAGCCUGGGCAUCUUCUCGGCCAUGCUUGACAUGCGGGCAGCCGGCACGCCCAAACUUUAUAGGCCAGGGCAGCUGAAACAUCUGAAACUCUAA